AUGAGGCCCUGGCAGGGCUGGAGACAUGCUUUGUAUUGGCAGGCUGAUGAGGACACUUGUCCCCUCCCUGCUUCCACACCUCCCUCCCCGCCGUGCGCCACGGUACCGCAUUGGCAUUAGUGAAGCAUCUGAACACCGACAAGGAACUUCAGGGAAACGCUUCUAGAUAUCAUCCACCUUGGAGGAAAAACGAAGAAAAGAAAAAAGGCGCGCGGCCCUAUAGGAACCCGCUGCCCGCCUUUUCGCCGUGCGUAAAGCUUUUGCGCACACCGCUGCGUCGCUUCGGAGUCUGAACGGAAGCGCUUCUCCUCGAGCAUCAGAGCGCAGUCAGGAUGCGAAACGGGAGCAUCGACGUCUGAAGGUGACAUGAACCUGAGGAGAAUCCAGAGCAGCGGACGCACAUCCAACAAAAAUUGGAGAUAGCAACUGAAAACCAUCUGUGUCUUGAACCAACAAUUGUGCUCGUUUUGGUGGCUUCUUUUCACGCACAGAACAAGGAGCUGUGUUCCAAAGUAGCCUCGUUUUUUACUGACUGGAUCAAUUCAUCGACCAGAAGACCGUAAAGAAUCGACAGAAGACCGAAAUGGCGACGUUAAUCAGAGGCAAGCUCUCUAAUAAACUGACGAACGCAGCCAAUGCUGUGUCCAACAAAUCCCAGGCAAAGGUGAGCGGCAUGUUCGCCAGGAUGGGCUUUCAGGCCGCCACCGACGAAGAGGCUCUGGGCUUCGUUGCCUGCGAUGACCUGGACUACGACCACCGACAAGGCAUGCAGAUGGACAUUUUGACAUCGGAUGAGGUUGGAGGAGAAGGGAGCGGAGACGGGGACGCACUGGAGGGGGACAGCCACUAUCAGAGGGAUGGCACCGGUCCUCCAAACUCUGCCUCAAAGGACGGAGGACUGCCCAACGAGCUGACCGAAGUCAAACCAAAAAUCACUGCAUGGGAGGCGGGCUGGAACGUCACGAACGCAAUCCAGGGCAUGUUUGUCCUCGGGUUGCCCUACGCCAUCUUGCACGGAGGAUACCUCGGACUGUUUCUCAUUAUUUUUGCCGCUGUUGUGUGUUGUUACACCGGGAAAAUCCUCAUCGCCUGCUUGUACGAGGAGGACGAAGACGGGCAGCUCGUCCGUGUGAGGGACUCUUAUGUGGACAUUGCCAACGCUUGCUGCGCGCCCAGAUUCCCGACUUUAGGUGGCCAUAUCGUGAAUGUAGCCCAAAUCAUCGAGCUUGUGAUGACGUGCAUCCUGUACGUGGUGGUCAGCGGUAAUCUCAUGUACAACAGCUUCCCAAACAUGCCGAUCUCGCAGAAGUCGUGGGCCAUCAUCGCCACCGUCGCUCUCCUCCCGUGCGCCUUCCUCAAGAACCUGAAAGCCGUCUCCAAGUUCAGCCUGCUGUGCACGCUGGCCCACUUUGUCAUUAACGUGCUGGUGGUGGCCUACUGCCUCUCGAGGGCGAGAGACUGGGCCUGGGACAAGGUCAAGUUUUACAUCGACGUCAAGAAGUUCCCCAUCUCCAUUGGGAUUAUCGUGUUCAGCUACACCUCGCAGAUCUUCCUGCCGUCUCUGGAGGGGAACAUGCAGAAACCCAGCGAGUUCCACUGCAUGAUGAAAUGGACUCACAUCGCUGCCUGCAUCCUCAAGGGCCUCUUCGCCUUAGUGGCCUACUUGACCUGGGCCGACGAGACCAAGGAGGUGAUCACAGACAACCUGCCCCCGGGAAUCCGCGCCGUCGUCAACCUUUUCCUUGUGGCCAAAGCUUUGCUCUCCUAUCCGCUGCCAUUUUUCGCUGCCGUUGAGGUAUUUGAGAAAACAUUUUUUCAUGAUGGGGGACGUGCGUUCUUUCCAGACUGCUACGGAGGCGAUGGACGCCUAAAAUCGUGGGGACUGACCCUCCGAUGUAGUCUUGUUGUGUUCACCUUGCUCAUGGCCAUCUACGUGCCGCAUUUCGCCCUUCUCAUGGGCCUCACAGGCAGUCUGACCGGCGCAGGCCUCUGCUUUCUGCUUCCAAGUAUCUUCCACCUCAAGCUUUUAUGGAGAAAGCUGCUAUGGCACCAGGUUUUCUUCGACGUGUCCAUCUUUGUAAUAGGCGGUAUAUGCAGCAUAUCUGGCUUCAUCCAUUCAGUUGAGGGGCUCAUAGAGGCUUUCAAAUACAACAUAGAAGAAUAGAUGCAAGUCAUCGACGGAACUAGGUGUUAAGUGCUAAUCACCAUUUAGUGAAAACAUUAAAAGACAGGUACGCGGCAAACGCUGCCCCCCCCCCCCCUCACCCCGCUUAACUCAUGCGUCAAAGCGCGCACGGAGCUCGCGUUUGCACUCAUGCACUAUCGUAAAAAUUCACACUCAAACGUGGCGGCACUUAUGGAAUUUCAAACAUCAACAGAGCACCAUACAGACAAAACGUGUUGUAAAAAAAUAUGCGAGUUAAAAGAAAAAAACUUUUUUUUUUCAGUGGAGUGACCGUUUACAAUGUAGAAGAAAUUGCAAAAAGGGCAUUUUGCCUUUUCGUGGAUCUUUGUGGUGCCUCCCCACCAGAGACUUCAUGAGUUUGUGAUGGUUGGACACACUAUGAUUUAAUGAUGAUGAUCAGAAAAGCUUGUGUUGAGGGUAGACUAAGGGAUAAAAAAAAUCGCACGUUAAUCGUCCCAAAGACUUGAAAAUUGGUGUUAAAACCACAAACCAACAAAAGAAAACGGUAUAAAACAAUGGGAUAAAAAGCAGUGAAAUUUGGAUGCGAUUAAAGUCACCCCCUCCCCAAAAAAAAAAUUAAAGAUUUGUUAGAAGAGAGACAUUUGGGUAUUUUUUAAUGAAGUGGAAAAACACCAGAACAUAGCAGCUAUACAAACUAUGCAUUGAAUGUAUGAUAUCUCAAGCAGAAUUUAGUAGAAACAAUAAAACACAACGCACAUUUUGGUUCAGAUGUGUGAACGCUUUCAUAUAGGCUUUUUUAUUUAUUUUAUUUUAUUUUUUAGCUAUAACCCCCACUCCCCCACAUAGUCCAAAUUCUGUCCAGAUAUGGACCAAAAUAUGAACUAUUAUACUCCCAAUUUACCAGGAUGGAUUCAGAACCACGUGACCAGCUUUUCAACCAACAUGAGAGACUCUCUUCUAGAAAAUUCGGUGUCUGAAUAGGAAAAAAAGGUAAGAUUACUCAAGUGGAAAAUUGCGCAUUCAGACAUUUUUCAUUCUGUGCAAUCCAACGGGUUCUGUGGAAAUGUCAAAACCGUAAGUGUAGUGUGUUCUUGUGGUUUCAAAAAGAUGGAAUGUAUAUCUCAAACUCGUUAUUAUAUAUCGUGAAAUUAAUAUUAAAGAAUAAAGAAUUAAGUGAAAUUAUAUUGUAAAAAAUGUGUGUGGUUUUAUGUAAAACGAAAAAAAGAGAAAAAACCAAGGGAAAGAUGGUGUAUUUUCCUCCCCCUCUAUAAUAAAAGACAGAAAAAA